CAAGUUUCGCAAUUUUGUGCUUCAGCAAUUUAGGGUUAAGGUUCGUUAUUUUUCUCCGAUCGACCUAUCAAGAUUUCCCGAGGCUUACAUGGGAUGGAGCUAGGCCUGUACAUUUUCUAAUUCCUCUUUCCCUGCUAAUUCCCUCGCUUGGAAUUAUGGUUGAAUCCAAUAGUUGAUUGAUAAGUGAAUACCAUGGUACACUGCUGAAAGUUUUUGUUGCUUUUAAAUGGGUGCUCCCAAGCAAAAGUGGACAGCAGAAGAGGAGGCAGCUCUCAAAGCUGGAGUUGUGAAGCAUGGUGCUGGAAAAUGGCGCACAAUAUUGAAAGAUCCAGAAUUCAGUGGCGUAUUAUGUUCGAGGUCAAAUGUGGACCUAAAGGAUAAGUGGCGUAACUUGAGUGUGACUGCAAAUGGUUGGGGAUCCCGAGAGAAGGCUAGAGCAUUGAAAAGGAGCCGACAAACACCCAAACAUGAUGGUAGCUCAAAGGCUGUCAGGACAAUGUAUGAAGAUGAUGAUGAUGAACUAAUGGAAAGCAAGUCUCUUGCUACUAAUGAAUAUCUUCAUAUUGCUGGUCAAAAGAGAUCUUUCUCCAGGACAGACAAUCUGAUACUGGAAGCCAUAAAAAACCUGAAGGAGCCCAGUGGAUCUAACAAGACAGCUAUUGCCACAUACAUAGAGGACCAAUAUUGGCCGCCACCAGAUUUUGCAGAACUGUUAUCAGAUAAGCUGAAAGAGUUGACUGCUAGUGGGAGAUUGAUUAGGGUGAAGCGCAAGUAUAGGAUGGCACCAACUUCAGCUUUCCCUAGCGGAAAAACAUCUAAACUUCUGAUACCAGAGGGUAGACAAAGUGAGCCUUCAAGAACAAUCAGGGAUGAUCUAAAACCUUUCUCAAGAUUUCAAGUUGAUGCUGAAUUGGGAAGAAUGCAAAGCAUGACAGCGCAGCAGGCUGCAGCCAUUGCUGCUCAAGCUGUUGCUGAGGCAGAAGCAGCCAUGGCAGAGGCUGAAGCAGCAGCUAGAGAAGCAGAAGCUGCAGAGGCUGAUGCCGAAGUAGCUCAGGCUUUCGCUGAGGCAGUGAUGUUAACUAUGAAGAAUAAAAACAAAUCUAACCUGGUUGCCUAAGCUUGACAAGAACUGCUCAACUGUGAUUUAUUCUUCAGAUGCAACUCACCAUACAAAAUAUAAAGAAAACUCAUUGGAUGCAGAAUUUAGCAAUACUGACAAUGACCAUCAGUUGUGGAAAUCCUUGCGUCGCCUGGACCCAACCACAUAAUGUGUAGUUCCAUAGUGUGUCUAUAUGGCUGUAUGAUCUUCCAUUUGUUCCCGAUUUCAAGUGCGAGAGGGAGGUGAUGAGGAAUUCAGGAGAUAUGACUUGCGGUUUCAGUGCGCAGAUGCUUGUUUGGGAGCUGAAGGAACUCAUCAUCCUCAAUCCAUGUUGGUAAGAUUGUAUUUAAAGGAGAAAAUGACAUCCCAAGUAAAUACAUUCUGUUCUUUA